AUGCUGCGCAAGGUUUGUGUUUGGUUCACAUGCUUUCUUAGCUUUACAUUUUAUCCUACACCAUUUCUGUAUUUCAAUCUAUUUGUUCUAACUCGAACAACUGGAUGUUCCACACUGUCCGUCCUGACCCAGCGGGGCUUUGCACUGACGGGGCUUUUUUUUCCUCCUCAGGGUGUUACGGAGAGUUUUGGAGCCGCCAUUCACGCCCUCAGCGCCGCUCAGCUGACGCAGGAUGUGAUUAUCAGGAGCAAAAGGAUGAUGCUGGACACCCUGGGUGUCGGGUUGUUAGGAACUAGGACGGCCGUCUUCAACAAGGCUCUUAGCUACUGCCAGUUGUUCACAUCUGAGCGGAGCAGCAGCGUUUGGGGAAGGUCUGACGUGGUGCUGCCUCCUCCUCACGCUGCAUUCGUCAACGGCAUCGCAGUUCACUCCAUGGACUUUGACGACACCUGGCACCCGGCCACGCACCCCUCUGGAGCCGUGCUGCCCGCCCUGCUGGCCCUGGCCGACGCGCUGCCCGUCCAGCCCUCCGGCCUCGACCUGCUGCUCGCCUUCAACGUCGGCAUCGAAGAAAAGUCCCGUUUCAGCCGUUUGAACCAAAAGUCUAUGCUUUAUAUCAACUGGUGCAUGAAUGACCCAAGAUCUUACCUCUGGUUUCUUAUCUGGCUGAGCAGAUUCCACCCCCCCAGCGUUGUUGGGGUGAUGGGGAGCGCCGCGGCCUCGGCUAAGCUCCUGGGCCUGUCGGCUGCCCAGUGCAGCCACGCUCUGGCCAUCGCGGCCUCCUCGGCCGGGGCCCCGCUGGCCAACGCCGCCACGCAGACCAAGCCCCUCCACAUCGGGAACGCGGCUCAGAGGGGCCUGGAGGCCGCCCAGCUGGCCGGGCUGGGGCUGGAGGGGAGCCCGGCCAUACUGGAUGCGCACAGCGGCUUGGGGGUUUACUACACGGACUACAGCCCCUCGGCCAUGGAGGUGACCGCCGGCGACUUUAAAUGGAUUCUGGAGGAACAGGACGUGGCCUUCAAGCGCAUCCCCGCUCACCUGGCCAUGCACUGGGCAGUGGACGCCACCCUGGCCGCUCGGGCCAAGCUCCAGGAGGCGGUCGGAGGGGUGGACCUGGGCCAGAUCCGACGGGUCACGCUGCGGGCCCCUCCGUCCAAGUACAUCGACUGCCCCUCGCCCGCCUCCGAGCAUCAGGCCCGCCACUCCUUCCAGUUCAGCGUGUGCUCGGCCCUGACGGACGGCGAGGUGACCGCCGCCUCCUACGGCCAGGCCCGGAUGGGCCGGCCCGCUCUGAGGGGGCUCCUCGCCAAGGUGCGGCUGGAGACGCCCGCGGACAACCGGCCCGACUUCGACCGGAUGUACUGCGAGGUGGAGAUAGAGACGGCCGGGGGGGGCCGCCACGCGGCCAGGUGCGAGGCCUUCUACGGCCACUGGAGGAGGCCGCUGAGCCAGGAGCACCUGCUGGACAAGUUCAGCGCCAACGCCUCCGCGGCGCUGCGCCCCGAGGGCGUGGCGGGGCUGGCCGAGGCCGUGGGGAACAUCGAGCGGGUGCCGGAAUGCUCGGUCAUAGGCUCGUAUCUGAGAAUGGCGAGCCACAACCAUGAGCGGGCGCACGAAGAGAGGAUGUGA